GCCUGUCCUAUUGGAUUUGGGGACUGUCCCAUUGGAUUUGGGGCCCUGUCCCAGUGGAUUUGGGGGGGCCUGUUCUAUUGGAUUUGGGGCCCUGUCCCAGUGGAUUUGGGGGCCUGUCCUAUUGGAUUUGGAGCCCUGUUCUAUUGGAUUUGGGAGCCUGUCCCAUUGAAUUUGGGGGGCCUGUCCUAUUGAAUUUGGGAGCCUGUCCCAUUGGAUUUGGGGCCCUGUUCUAUUGGAUUUGGGGCCUGUUCCACUGGAUUUGGGGGCCUUUCCCACUGGAUUUGGGGGCCUGUCCUAUUGAAUUUGGGGGGGCUGUCCUGUUGGAUUUGGGGCACCUGGCCUAUGGGACUUGGGGUCAUGUCCCGUUAGAUUUGGGGGGCCUGUUCCACUGGAUUUGGGGGGCCUGUCCUAUUGAAUUUAGGGGGCCUGUCCCAUUGGAUUUGGGGGCCUGUCCUGUUGAAUUUGGGGGGUUUGUCCCAUUGGAUUUGGGGGUCUGUCCCAUUGGAUUUGGGGAUUUUCCUGCUGGAUUCGGCUGGAUUUUGGGUGUUGUCACCCGAUCUGAGGGUGAACUGUUGGAUUUGGGGGUCUCCCCCGUUGGAGUUGGGGGUCUUCCAGUGGAUUUGGUGAUCUGCCCUGUUGGAUUUGAGGGUCUGUCCCUCUGGAUUUGGGGGUCUUUCAUUCAAUUUUGGGGGCCUGCCCCGUUGGAUUUGGGGGUCUCUCACGGAAUUUUGGGGGUCUGUUCCUAUAGAUUUGGGGGUCUGCCCCUUAGGAUUUGAGGGUCUCUCACUGAAUUUGUGGGGUCUGUCCUGUUGGAUUUGGUGUCUGUUUUGGGGGGUAUUGGAUUUGGGAGUAUUUCAUUGAAUUUUGGGGGUCUGUCCCUUUGGAUUUGGGAUCUGUCCCUCUGGAUUUGGGGCUUUCUCACUGAAUUUUGGGGGUCUGCCCUGUUGGAUUUACGUGUCUCUCACUGAAUUUUCGGGAUCUGCCCCCUUGGAUUUGGGGGUGUCUCAUAGGAUUUGGGCACUGUCCCAUUGGGGGACCACCACUGAGGGUUGGUGACAGAGAGGGGACACAAGGAGGGAGCUGAGUGAUAGCUGUUGCUGUGACAGCUGCGCCGAUGAUUCCCAGGAGCUGCUGAGCUCCUUAUCCCUCCUGGCGUGGCUGGAAUUCCUGUUUGGGGCCCCCUCCCUGGCAUGGCUCUUCUGUCCCUCUCAACUGACAGCUCCCAAAAUUCUGCUGCUCUCAAGUCUCUGAUGGGAUUCCUCAGGCAGCUCCUUGGAUUUUCAUCUUGUUCCUUGGAGGUCUCUGGAAAAACUCUGGAGAUGGGGCUGAUCCAGAGGGACUCUGGGCAGAAAUCCCCUGGUUUUGGGGAAUGCUUUAGCUUGGGAUGUUUGAGAAGGGCCCAAGGAAAGGUGGGGCUGUGGGGGAGAAGGAACAAGCAGGAGUGAUUGUGUUCAUCGGGAAUGUGCUCAGACGGUGCCAGUGGAGCUGGCGAAGGAACAGGGAGAGCGGGCAGGGACAAAGGAUUGUUCUGGAGAGGGUGGCUCUGCACGGCCUGUUCUGUGAGGGGCCGGGCCCAGCGCAGCCCUUGGCAGCACUUGUUCCUCCUUCAGGAGGCACCAGGACGUUCCCUGGAGCAGGAAGUGUCCUGGCACCCGCUGGCACUGCUCCAGGCCUGCCCAUCCUUCCCACAGUGCCGUGGUUUGGGGUAAAACAGGGCAUUAAAAGCAACUUUCAGGACCCCAUUCCUGGGACAGGGACGUCAUUCCCUGCAUUCCAUGCACGUGUCACUGCCCUGGGUGGCAGCGAGAGCAGGACACGACUGUGACCCUGAUCCCAGGGAGGGACAGGGUCCCUGGAACGGGGCUGGCUCUGGGCUCCGCAGCUCCCGGUGCCGUGCAGGACGCGCUGCCCGAGGGCGGCACCGUGCCCGGGCUGGUUCUGCUCCCCCAGCCAGCAGCACCGGUUGGACCAGCACUGCCCUCCCUUGCAUCUCGAGCUCUUCCCUCCCUUGGAUCUCCAGUAGGUGCUGGGAAUGACGUUGGGAAUGUCAGGGCUCUCUCCAGGCUCAGCUCUGGCUUAGGGGCUGGAAGCUGAACCCUCUCACGGCCUCUUCCCCAAAGAGUGCCCUUUGAUUGCUGGUUGGCAUUGGGAAUGUCAUUGGGAAUUUCAUUGGGAAUGUCUCUCCAGGCUCUCAGCUCCGGCUCGGGAGCUGGAAGCUCAGCCCUGGCAUGGCCUCUUCCCUCAACAGUGCCCUUUGAUUGCUAGUUUGCAUUGGGAAUUUUGUUGGGAAUUUCAUUGGGAAUGUCAGGGCUCUCUCCAGGCUCAGCUGUGGCUCAGGAGCUGGAAGCUGAACCCUCUCAUGGUCUCUUCCCUAAAGGGUGCCCUUUGAUUGUUGGUUGGCAUUGGGAAUGUCGUUGGGAAUGUCAGGGCUGUCUCCAGGCUCUCAGGAGCUGGAAGCUCAGCCCUGGCAUGGCCUGUUGCCUGAGCAGUGCCCUUGGAUCACUGCUGGUGUUGGGAAUGGCCAGGCUCUCUCCAGGCUCUCUUGGACCUGGCUGGGGAGCUGGGAGCUGCUCCUGGUCAGUGGGACUUGCCUUAAUAAACUCUUGUUCUCCCCGUUCAGCUCCAGCUGCCCCCGUUCCUGCUCCCAUCCCUGCUCCAGGUACUCGGGACCCUCCUGUAACCCCUCGUGUGCCGCAUUAACCAGCGUGUGCCAUUCUGGGGGUUGCAUUCCAUUAACCCUAACAGCUUCCAGGGAAGUGGGGGGCACUGGGGGGCCUGGCCCCACCACCCCCAUGUCGUAGUGCCCUCAGGGCAUCUGCCAAGUCACUCACAGCUGGAGGGAGGGGGCUCCCAGGGCACUCCAGGAGUAAUUCCACGUGCCAGUGGUUUAUAUUUGACUUUUCCUUCCUCUUCUUCGGUGGGUCUUUGUUCCCCCCAUGCUCCCUGCAGCUUGGGGGGUGACCCCAGGCUCGUGAGCAGCCCUGGGUGUCCUGACAGACCUCUGGGGCUCCACAGAGGUUGUGACAGCCCCUUUGGUAGGGCAGAGCCUGUGGCAGAGCUGCAUCCCUGCAUUUCUGGCCCGCUGGGGAUUCCUGGUGGUUCAGGGAGUGCCUCCUGCCAUUCAGGGCUCUCAGGAAAAUCUGUUCUAGAAGGGGAUGAACAUCCUGGUCCGUGCUGAACCUGGCAGUGCCUGCUGGGCCACAAGCCAGGCACAGAGGCCAGAGGAAUGCCAGGGCUGGCUGCACGCCCCCUCCCUUUCUCUCCCUCUCUCUCUCCCUCCUCUCAUGGCUCACUCUGUUUCUCUCCUUUAGCUGUUCUUCAUGCUGCUCAUUCCCCACCUCUGACUCCAUCUCCAUCCGCCCAGGCUCUCCCAGCACAGCUGCCCAGCACUGCCCCGGCUCUGCCGGGCCCCCCGGGCCCCGUUUCCCCCCCCGUGGUCCCGGCUGCAGCCAUCCCCGUGUUCUCCAUGCCCCCCCAGCCCCCUGCCCCGGCUCUGCUGGGCCCAGUCACCACUGCCCCUCCUCCAGCUCCGCAGGCCCCCGUGGGUUUUGCAGCCCCAGGAUCUCCAGGGCCUGCCCCGGUUAGCCCAGUGUCCCCAGCAUUCCCAGCUCCAGUGUCACCUGGCCUGGCUGCUGCUUCUGCUGCAGUGACAGUGGCCCCUCUUGUCCCCCCAGUGAGCCCCAGUUCUCUCCCAGCUGCUCUCAACUCUACCAUGAAAACUGCUCCCACUGCAUCCUCUGCAGGAGCUGCAUCUCUGGCCCCUCUCCCUGCCUCUGGAGCAGUCCCAGCCCCUCUCCCUGCCUCUGGAGCAGUCCCAGCUCCUCUCCUACCUCCCCCAUCCCGUCCCCUCCUGGCAUCUCCCCCACCAGUGCCUCCCACUUUGCUGCCUGCUCCCACUGUGGCAGUGUCCCCCCAGAGUCCAGGGUCACCCCCACUUCCCACAGUCCCGGUGUCUCCUGGAAUUCCUGCUGUUCCUGCCUCUCCCCGAGCCCCAGCUCCAGCCCUGGUCAGUGCCAUCUCUCCCCCUGUCUUCCUGGCUGCCCCCAAAGCUCCCUUGUCACCCCCUAUCCCUCUGCUGCCAGCUGGGAUGUCCCCUGGGCAUCCUGCUGCUGCCCCACCUGGCCCAGCCCCUGGUGCCCCAGUCUCACCACUGCUCCCAGUUGCUCCUUCUGUUGCCAAGGCCUCUCCCAUGGGCCCUGCCCCGGUGGUCCCAGCUGUGGGACACCCAGUCCCUCCCUCAGUAGCCAGGACCCCUCCUGGGAGCCCAGCCCCUCGGGCAGGGCCUGUGGCAGCUCCGGCGGCUCCUGCCCUGUCCACACCCGCACUGGGAGCUGCUGCCUCUGUCCCAGGGCCUCCAGCAAGCCCCGUGUUCCCAGCAGCAGCUCCUGUGCCUGCUGUCCCCUCUGCCAGCUGCCCCACUGUCACACUGGCCAUGGCAGCUCCAGCCACCCCUCCUGUGGCCAAAGCAGCUCCUCCAAGUCCAGCUGCUGCCCCCUCUCCUCCUGUCACACCGGCCACGGCAGCUCCAGCCACCCCUCCUGUGGCCAAAGCAGCUCCUGGGAGCCCGGACACUGCCCCAGCUGUCCCCUCUGUCCCUGUCACAGCCCCCAUGGCACCUCUGGCCACCCCUCCUGUGGCUAAAACAUCUCCUGCUGUCCCUGUCACACCGGCCAUGGCAACUCCAGCCGCCCCUCCAGUGGCCAAAGCAGCUCCUGGGAGCCCGGUGACUGCCCCUUGUGCCCCUGUCACACCGGCCAUGGCAACUCCAGCUGCCCCUCCAGUGGCCAAAGCAGCUCCUCCGAGUCCAGCUGCUGCCCCCUCUCCUCCUGGCACACCGGCAGUGGCAGCUCCACCCUCUCCAGCUGCCCCUCCCUCAGCCAAAGAUGCUGCCAAGGGCUCUGUUGCUGCCUCAGCUGCCACUCCAACUCCCCCCACCCCAGCUCCAGCCGCCCCACCUGCAGCCAAAACCACUCCCAAGAGCCCAGUUGCUGCUCCCCCAUCCCCUGCCACCCCAGCUCCACCAGCUCCAGCUGCCCCCCCAGCAGCCAAAACACCCCCAAAGAGCCCUGCCAAAGCCACCCCAGCUCCAGCCACCCCCACUGAGGACAAAACACCCCCAAAGAGCCCUGCCAAAGCCACCCCAGCUCCAGCCACCCCCACUGAGGACAAAACACCCCCAAAGAGCCCUGCCAAAGCCACCCCAGCUCCAGCCACCCCCACUGAGGACAAAACACCCCCAAAGAGCCCUGCCAAAGCCACCCCAGCUCCAGCCACCCCCACUGAGGACAAAACACCCCCAAAGAGCCCUGCCAAAGCCACCCCAGCUCCAGCCACCCCCACUGAGGACAAAACACCCCCAAAGAGCCCUGCCAAAGCCACCCCAGCUCCAGCCACCCCUACUGAGGAUAAGGCACCCCCAAAGAGCCCUGCCAAAGCCACCCCAGCUCCAGCCACCCCCACUGAGGACAAAACACCCCCAAAGAGCCCUGCCAAAGCCACCCCAGCUCCAGCCACCCCCACUGAGGACAAGGCACCCCCAAAGAGCCCUGCCAAAGCCACCCCAGCUCCAGCUUCCCCUGGAGCAGCCCAAAAACCUCCCAAGGGCAGCCCCAUCACUGCCCCAUCCACUCCUGUGGCUCCAGCUGCCCCUGCUGAGGCCAAGGCACCCCCAAAGAGCCCUGGCAAAGCUGCCCCUGCUGAGGCCAAAGCACCCCCAGAAAGCCCCGUUACAGCCACCCCAGCUCCAGCUGCCCCUCCAGCAGCCAAAACACCCCCAAAGAGCCCUGCCAAAGCCACCCCAACCCCUGCAGCUGAGGCCAAAACACCCCCAAAGAGCCCUGGCAAAGCCAGCCCAGCUCCAGCAGCCUCUCCUGAGGCCAAGGCACCCCCAAAGAGCCCUGCCAAAGCUACCCCAGCCCCUGCUGAGGCCAAAACACCCCCAAAGAGCCCUGCCAAAGCCACCCCAGCCCCUGCUGAGGCCAAAACACCCCCAAAGAGCCCUGCCAAAGCCACCCCAGCCCCUGCUGAGGCCAAAACACCCCCAAAGAGCCCUGCCAAAGCCACCCCUGCUCCAGCCACCCCUGCCGAGGUCAAAACACCUCUAGCUCCUGCCCAAGUGCCUCCCAAGAGCCCUGCUACAGCCACCCCAGCUCCUAGUGCCCCUCCAGCAGCCAAAACACCCCCAAAGAGCCCUGCCAAAGCCACCCCAGCUCCAGUGGCCCCUGCUGCAGCCAAAGGACCCUCAAAAAGCCCUGCUGAGGCCAAGGCACCCCCAGAGAGUCCUGUCAAAGCCACCCCAGCUCCAUCUACCCCUGCUGAGGCCAAGGCACCCCCAAAAAGCCCUGCCAAAGUCACCCCAGCUCCAGCCACCCCCACUGAGGACAAAACACCCCCAAAAAGCCCUGUCAAAGCCACUCCCCCUCCAGCCACCCCUGCUGCAGCCAAAGGACCCUCAAAAAGCCCUGCUGAGGCCAAGGCACCCCCAAAGAGCCCUGUCAAGGCCACUCCAGCUCCAGCAGCUCCAGCCACAGCUCCUGCUCCAGCCACGGGUGUUUCUGGUGCCCCUCCAAAGCCCCCAACCCCCGCCAAAGCAGACGCCGGCCGUCCUGGCUCUGCCCCGAGCGCUCCCCCUGCCAAGAAGCAGCAGCCCCCCGCCAAUGACAAGGUGGCCAAGCCGGCCGCUCGCCCCCCCUCGAAAGCCCCGCCCGGCGCUGACGAUGAGGACCUGCCGCCUCUGCUCCCCCCCGAGCCGCCCGUGCUGCUGGAGCUGUCCCCGCCCGCGGGGGUCCCGGCCCCGCUGGCGCCGCAGCCCGUCCUCAAGAAUGACAAGGGUAUUUUGCGGCCGCGGUUUGCCGUGUGCAUGGAGUGUCACUGGCUGCCCACGGGGUACUAACCGCGCCCGGGGCCGCGGCGUGCCGGGCUAGAGCGAGCCGAGCAGCCGGUGAGCCGGGGCACGGGGAGGGACGGGGCUGGGCGUGGUGCCGGCGGUCACUAACGCGUGUCCUCGGGCACGGAGCACGGUGUGGUUUGUGGCAUGGGCACCGCGAGCUGAGCUGGCUUCACACGGAGGAGCUGCCACGUGCCUGUCCCUGCUGUGUGUGGUGCCCACGUGGUGUCCCCGUGGCCGGCUGGCGGCGGAAGGGGGGCAGUGGUGGGCAGUGUUGGUGCCAAACUGGGCUGUCCCCACGCUAUGCCUGAAGUGUUGGGAGCCCUGGGCACACCCUGACGCCUGCAGAGAGCUUUGCCAGGGCUCCUGUGUGCUGUGGGCACAGAGGUUUGAAUCCAGGUAAUGGCUGCACGGGAGCAUCGUGGUCGCCUCCAGGUGACCUCUGGCCUCCGAGGCUGGGGACACCCAGCUCUGCUCCGAUAACUGGUGUGGUCGGUGCCGUGGGUCACAAGUGGUGGUGGCACUGCAGCUGGUGGCACUCUGGGCACCCAGAGGUGCUGUUCCCUGGGAGGGGUUCGGGCUUAUCCCAGAUCAUCCCUGUAGUGAAGCCACGGAUGUGCAGCAGCCCUGAGGGCUCGGUGAGUCGGGUCUCGGUGCCGUGUGUCAGCUCUGGGUUUGAGGGGAGUCAAGAGGGGCUCUGUCACACUGGGCUACUGCCACCUCAGCACCCUGGGAGUGCCACCCACCUCCUCCUCGAGCCGGUGCCACAGGCUGGAGCCACCUUGGGAUUCAUUCCAGAGCCUCCGGGCACCUCUGGGGCUCUGGCACCCGGCUCCCACCAUGGGCCGAGCCUGAGGACCCAUUCGUGCCACCCUGCUGAUGCCAUUUGGGGCGCAGUGAGAGCUCCUGAUGGCACUCAGAGUGCAGGGAAUGCUCCAUCCACCACCUAACUGGGCUGACUGGUGGCUUCACUGGGAGCCAGCAGCAAAGGCCUGUGUGCCCUGGACCUACCUGAGGUGGGAAGAGUGAGGGAUGUGUGUCU